CCGCCCUCUACAGCACCAGGUCCACCAUGCGGCCCUUGACAGAGUCCGAGACCAAGACGCUCUUCGCCAAGCUCGCCAACUACCUCGGUCCCAACCUCGUCCACCUGGUCGACACCCCUGAAGACCCCCACGUCUUCCGCCUGCACCGCUCGCGCGUCUACUACGUCCGCGAGUCGCUCCUCCGCCAGGCCAUCUCGGUCCCGCGCGCCAACCUCAUCUCGCUCGGCGUCUGCCUCGGCAAGUUCUCCAAAACCGAGAAGUUCCGCCUGCACGUCACCGCCCUCGACCUCAUGGGUCGCUACGCCAAGCACAAGGUCUGGAUCAAGGGCAACGGCGAGAUGCCGUUCUUGUACGGCAACCAUGUCGUCAAGGCGCACGUCGGCAAGACGAGCGAGGACAUCACCGAGCACCAGGGCGUCGUCAUCUACUCGAUGAACGACAUGCCGCUCGGCUUUGGCGUGACGGCGCGCAGCACGGUCGACACGCGCAAGCUCGACCCGACGGCCAUCGUCGUGUUCAACCAGGCAGAUGUCGGCGAGUACCUUCGCGACGAGGACACGCUCUUCUAGCCAAGUCUGGCCUGUCCCACAUCUGCAUGGUUCCCUCGCACGCGUCUAUCGGUUCUCGCAGGCAGUUGUCCUUGCCUCUCUCCCACUCUCGGCUUUCUCGUCGCCUCGCCGCACGGAUGCAACAUGUUGUCACCAUUAUCGCCGC